AUGGAACCAUGGAGGAUUACUCUAAUGGCGAUAGCAAUAUGUUUAACAAUGGUGGUGGUUGCUGGAGAAGAUAAGGCGAUAGAUAAGGAAGCCUGUAAGGAACAACGUCUGGGUAUGGCCACGUGUCUUCCUUACAUGAAAGGACAAGCAAAAUCUCCGAUGCCAGACUGUUGCUCCAGCGUCAAACAGAUUAUAAAUUCCGAUAAGAAUUGUAUUUGUGUGUUCAUCCAAGACAGGAAUGAUCCUGACUUGGGUCUCCAGAAACAGAUCAAUAACUCGAUCACUCUCACCCUUCCUUCCAUUUGUCACGUCACUUUUAACGUUAACGUCUCUAAGUGCCCUGCUUUGCUUCACUUGGACCCAAAUUCUCCAGAAGCCCAAGUGUUUUAUGCGAUAGCUCAAGCUGUUAACAAAAUCAGCCCAGCCUCUGCUCCCACCAGCAUGUCUCCGACCUCAGGAUCCGACGAUGAUCACAACAGUAGUUGGAGGACCUCUUGGCCAGGCAUCAAGAACCGAGCUCAAAUCUUUCGAAAACGAUGGAUGGUGCUCGAAGUUGUUGCCCAUUUCUUCGUAAUUUUGUAUAUUUUUAUCCAAUGA